UUCAAUCUCCGGACAGCAAUACAUUCAUUUAAAAUCUGUCAGGCUCUUUUCUCAUCAACAGUAAUCAUCACUCUGUGCUGUGUGGUAGCCACUGCGUUUCAAGUAACCAACACUUCAGCAGAGCGUACAACGAUCAGAGAAGACUAUGCGGGAGUUUCGGUCAUGUGGAUCGGGAUGGUUCCUCUUACUCAAUGCUGUCGUGCUAUACAUCAAGUGUACAAGAUCAGAACCAACAGACCCGUCGUUUCCAUGCCAGCCUUUGGGUCGAGACACAGAAAAUGUGACAGCAACUAGACCAAAUGCCUACAUCACACGCACAGGGCCCAAUGCUCUAACCGACGAUACUGGUACUUUCCUCAAGGACGGCGAAUCCUAUGCAGCCAUAUUUAAUUUUCCAGGUGGCUGCUUCAUCAACAUCACUCAAAUUUUAUACCGGACCGAAAGAGACUCAGAUUGCUCCGUCCAGGUUUCCAAGCAGGAAUCAGAAAAUGGCGUCACAUGGUCAGAUGUCUCGCCUGUGCCUUUAGUGAGUGAAAGUGGCAUCACGAAUGGUUCCCCCCAAUCACCAAUGAACUGAGAUUGACCGUCAUUGCUCAUCAUCGGCUGCGCUUGAAGUUCACAGUGAGCAAAUCGAUGUUUGGAGGAAAUUGUGGAAUUCAGCUUCUCUGGGAAGAACCUUACAUAUCGGUACACUAUACAGCCUCGACUACUGAUGAACACAUCCCAACUGAGGAUGGCAGCACGGUGCAACCCCUACCUACCAUGGUAACAACUGUGCGUACAUCUACCGCAAAUCCGACACUACAGAACAUUCAAUCUGAACAAACCCGUCAGAUAGCUGAUAUAGCCACGAGUCCUACCACUACUGCUACUCCAACUCAAUCUUCUACCUUCCUACCCGACCGAACACGUGCAAUAGCAGCCACGAGCACUGCCACUACUGCUACUCCACUUCAGUCUUCUGACUCCAUACUCAGCCCAAUAUCUACAGUAGCAACACCGAAGACAUCAUCGUCUCGCCCAUAUCCUGUAGUUUCCACGUCCGUAUCGACAACGGCAUCUAGACCAGCCAUUGUUUCAGGUAAUUCCAAUUUGAACAUCAUUCUUACCCUCUCUGGAGUGGUCAUAAUCCUACUGCUUGUGGUUGUAUGUCUAGUGCACCGCAAGCGAAGGCAGUCUCCUGAAAGGACACUGAUCCAUAUCGAUGGCAGCACGGAAUUGAGCACCAACCAUUGCAGGUCGGAGACGCCCGCACGAGACCACCAUCACGCAACAGGUGUAGACCCCGGUAAAGUACUGUCACGUGACUUAUUAGCGGAUAGCGCCCUGCGAUACGAGCAGGCGCAUGAUGACGGCGUCAUUCGCGUGUAUGCAGUGUGUGGACCAGCAGCGCCAAUAGAAACACCACAACCCGGAGAAGACCGCACAGUGGAGACGAAAAUCACGUCUACACAGCCCAGUAUGCAUGCGUACGAGUAUAUCACGACUCCCCCCACAGACGCUGGCAUUGAGGACAUGGUGAACGACUAUGCUGAGUUAGAAGUUGAUACCAGUCCCUCAAAUCCUAGUGCGGUAGUGGCCAGUAGGUUUGGUCCAAUCCCAGGUAUGGUCCAUGAGUCGGACUCUGCUUUUGAUACACUCAACACUAAAGGUGAGUCUGCUGCUAUUAGCACAAUGAACCAAAGCGAUACUCGCUUCGCAGAAGCGCCCUAUUCGAACCUGAAGUUUCCAGCGCUGGGGAAAUCGUUGCAAGAUACAUCGGGAGAAAUCACUCCAGCCACCACUGCCCUUCCACCGGCCCUGCCAGAAGAGGAUCACAGCAACUCCCUAAGCGAUCACAACAUCACAUCGCUACGGAACCGUUUACCAUCGGAAUACCUCGUUCCUAUGGAUUUGUGAAGCACUACCCACAAAGCAAGCACAACCUUAUUAUUCACUCUAUCCAUCCGUACUGGGUCAUUUGCCAUACACGCCCCCCCCCCCCCCC